AAUUCUACAUGGAACGAUCCAAAAUACAACGACCUGAUACUGAACAGCCGUGGGAAUAACCUGCCAGAUCUUCCGCUUGCUUUGUAUCAUCCUGUUUUUGCCGAGUUUGUUGAUGACCUUUCAAGUAUUCAAAUUACGGACGAAGACUGUGACUCAAUCAAAAAUUUGUUAUUCUUAAUGUCAGCUUCUUACGAAAAUGAAAAUGAACGGGUGAAUAUGUUUCGAUCAUGGGCAAGCGAGUAUUUUCACACCCCGGUCACCAAGCUUCCCUUACCACAAACGAUCCAAUCAGCUGAUGCUGGGAUCACUCAUAACGUUGACUCAGUACAGCAUCUCGUGCUUCUCGGGGAGGCGAAAAACGAACUUGGAGAUGGGUCUGGAUGUGCAUAUAUCCAAGCAUGUGCAUCAUAUACGAAGUUUGUUGGUUCGCAGAACAAUCCAGACAUACGAUACGGACUUAAUCCGGCUUUUAUUGUGUAUUUUGCUGGGGCCACACUUGGCAUAGGGGUGCAGUUUUUGGGCGUAGUUAAACAGAAUUCAGGAAGAGAUAACAAAAGCUUUUUUGUCAACGUCUCUCCGUCAAUGAAUUCGUUUACGAUGCAUCCCCUUGUUCACAGCUUUCAUUUACUGCCUUCGGAGUUUGAUAUUGAUGGAAUGAUCGUUGUUGUACGUGCAUUUUGUGCUCUGAAACGUGGUAUAGAAUCAUUACGACACUACUAUGAUGAGUUGAAGCCAGUAGACAUUGAUAAUUUAGAUCAACCGAGACAUGCCAGCUAUCCAUAUAUACGUUUUUUUAAGGAUGCAGAUAAUGCUGUCAUCAACUUUGAGUAUAAACGCCGAUUGUACCCAAUAAGUUGCUAUUUUUGGUGGUACCAGAUAAAAAUGAACAAAAAAGCGACUCUUGUCUGCUCGUCAAGUUUGUAA